CCCACGUCAGCACUGCCGUUUUUUCUCGGUCUAUAAACGGGUUUCGGUCUUUAGGGCUGAGCAGGAAGUGGAGCGAAUGUGUACCCCGAACCAGUAAAAGAAGGAGUAAAAUUGCCAACUAAAAAAAAAAAAAAAUGGCAAUGGUGACAGAGAUGGGGGCAUAUCGGGCAACGGGCGAACCAAAUCACCUACAGGCCCAGCGGUGGUACCAUACGGACAUCACAGCUGAUCACCAGAGCUAUCUGCUGAAGCAGUUGGAUAAUCAGAGGCGUCAGGAGCUGUUCUGUGACUGCAACGUUCUGGUGGAGGGCCAGCUUUUCAAGGCCCACCGCAAUGUCCUUUUCGGCAGCAGCGGCUACUUCCGUAUGCUGCUUUCCCAUGGGGCCGAUGACAACGCAGAGCCGGUCAGCACCUCCUUCGAGGUCUUUAGCCCCGACACGUUCACCGUCAUCCUGGACUUCAUCUACUCUGGACAGCUGGACCUCUCCAGCCACAAUGUGAUCGAGGUGAUGUCCGCUGCCAGCUACCUGCAGAUGAACAACGUCAUCAGCUACUGCAAGGACUUCAUCAAGUCCUCCCUGGAGAUCAGUGCCAAAGAGGAUGAUGUCCGCUACCUCAGCUUGUCUGAGAACAGCUAUCCUCAGGGGGGUAGGGAGGACAACGCCAUAGACCACCAAGCAGCCACCUCCAUCAGCCCUCCCUCUGCCCUCUGGACCCACGACAGCUCCAGGCCCCAGUCCUCCAGGUACCUGGUGAAGGAGUUGGACCUGGAUGCUGCAGUUCUAAAGCAGGAUCUCAGUUCCCCUCCGCCCAGCCAGCAGCACAGCCCUGAGGUGGAGGUGUUGCCGGAUGCAGAGGAGCCCCAGUUUGCCCGGCCUCGUGCGGAGCGCAGACGGAAAGGGGCUGGCAAGAGGAAACCCUACUGCAUGCGCUCCUCAACAGAUGAGGCCCUGGCCAUACAAGAGGCCCGGUCACAAACGGCACAGAAGGCAGAUGAACUGUAUGCCACUCUACCUACCAUUGUGGGUGUUGUGGGACUCUUUAACAAAGACCCUAACCCCUCCAUGCGCUUCAAGUGCCCGUUCUGCACUCACACGGUCAAGAGGAAGGCAGACCUGAAGAGGCACCUGCGCUGUCACACGGGCGAGCGGCCGUAUCCCUGCCAGGCCUGCAACAAACGCUUCACCCGCCUGGAGCACCUUCGCAGCCAUUUCGAGACGAUCCAUCAGGCCAGGAAGCUGGUGUGCAGGAAGUGUAAGCGUCAGGUGACAGAGCAGAGUGGGCGGGUAGUGUGUGAGGGCUUGCGGCGCUACCGAAUGUGUACUGAGUGCAUCCAGGAGACGGGCUGUGAGGAUCUGCCUAUCGAUGGCCUGGAGGGGGCUAGCGAGGAGCCUACCCUGCUGCUGGGGGUGGACGGGGAGGAGGAGGAUGGAGACACACAGAGGAGUUGGCUGGUAACCGAUGAUGACGACCUGGCAGAAGACUCAGGAGCUGACCUUAUCAUACAGGAAGUGGAAGACAGCGAUGAGGAGCUUCAGUGAAAAUGUGUGUGUGUGUGUGUGUGUGUGUGUGUGUGUGUGUGUGUGUGUGUGUGUGUGUGUGUGUGUGUGUGUGUGUGUGUGUGUGUGUUUGCUUGACUGGGCACUUUUGUGUAUAAGUGUCUGUGAUAUUUCUCAACGUUUAUUGUCAGUGAUUAUAUAUAAGCAUCCACAUUUUGAAUGACUAUUCAUUGGAGAAAGUUAUGUUGAAUAAUCAGUGUUUAUAACUGUAAAUAUUAGAAUUUGUAAUAUAAUAGACUGCUUUUAUUCUCAACGAGACGUUUUCAAGCUUGUAUUUUCAGUUUAAUAUGAAAAGAAAAAGUGUUUGAUAUUCAAUGUACAAUGUAUAAUGUUACCAUUUUGUUUGUCAGCUUUCAUCUUUCUUUGCAUCAAGAAUAUUAACACUUAUUUCGAGCCAAAUACUCUUCACAACUUUGAUGUUAGUGAGGAUUUUAAGGGACGUCAAAGGGAAGUCAAUGGUGUUUAUAUAUGUUUGCCAAUGCCUUUCAUGUUAAGUCAACUACAGUGGACAGUGUUUGCACGUUUUUGUGUAGAGAAUGUUUUACUCUGUUAAUUGUUUACUAUUAAUUGUUUGUUUUUAUUUACAAAUGAAUUACUACACAUUAUUUUGACCAUGAUUAUUAUUGAUGUAUCAUUCAUGUUUAUUUAUUAUCUUUUCUACUUAUUUUACACACAUAAAAUGUAUAUUUUUAUAAGAA